AUGAUUGGCGUGAGUCCGCAAGGUGAGGCUCAGCAACCUGACCAGCUGCCCACUAGCCCGCGCUCUAGUGCCUGGAAUGUGCUUGAAUUUUGGGCCUUUGCUCGGUCAGGCAGCAUUUCUUUGGGGGCCACCUCGGUGAUACCUGCUGGUCUUAGUGGUCUGAAAAGAUGUUGUGAAAUCCUGCUGCUGCAGGGUCCCUGGGACAACAGGCAAGCCGUCAACAACGGACAGAUAUUGUUUGUCUGCGAAAGCUGUCGGAGCCCUUCAGGAACCAUUGGAGUGUGCCAGAUCCUGGCCCCUGAGGAAAGCAUAGAACCACCACUCGAAAUAGCCUGA